ACGCAAUGAUAGCUUCAUUGCACCGGACACAGUAGUAAAAUCGAUUUGAAUUCCAAAAUACCACCAAAAUGAUAGUGUCAUCAUUUCGAUAUACUGCUCGGCAUAUGGCUGUACCUAUUAGAGCCAUAUCUAGUCUUUCUAGCAACCCUAAAAUUAAAGUUGUGAAGAAUCCCAAAUCUCCUUUCACAAACUACUUGAGCUAUCUCGAGAAAGAACCGCCGGAUGAGCGCCUAGCAAUUGGGACUACUAGCGAACUCCCUCCCACUCCUCAGUCCUUCACUGAGAAUAAGGCCUUCGUUAAGAUUCUCAACGAGGUGAUAACCGAGUACGGCCACCAAGACGAGGAUCUUGUGAAUCAAGCACGCGCAUUUGCCAGUCCGGGAGGCUUCAAUCUAGGCUCAGGCGGUGCCUUUUUCUCACAAAAACGACCCAAUAGAGGCGGAUCUCGCAAGCAGAGAUCUGGAGGGGGAGCUGGAGGCGACAGUGCAGGAGGUGCCAGUGCUCAGGGAGGAGCUGGUGGUGGUGGAAGAGGAGGAUAUGUGCACCUCAGCGACCGAAGGAAUCCCCCCGACUUUGGACGCAUUGCAUGGCCUGAGGAUAUCCUGGGAAGCGUUGAAGUGGACGGCAAUGGUACCAUCAUCGGCAAGGUACAGCCAAGUGGAACGUACCGUAUUCUGACGAACGAGGGAAUGUAAGUCUAGAAGACACGAAUACAGGCACGUCAAGUCGCUAACAAGUUUCCAAGCCUGGGACUUAGCCCAUUCUUACAAACAAAGUUGGUAGAGAGACUAAAACAAGAAGAAGCCAAACAAAAUUCAACAAGUUAGUGGAAACAAGAAUAUUCAUAGCCUUGUUGAACAAAGAAAAUUCGACUGAGGGAGACAAUUGCGAUCAGGAGUUCUGAAAACCGGAAGAGAACGGCCUAUGUAUCAUGGCUGUAAGUAGAGAUGAGUGUGGCGUUUGUCAGAUGUAACGGCUCUUGAGACCAAAACCAUGCUUGCAUAUGCAGACACGGCCCAAUGCAUGACAAGUUUGCAUGGAGGACUGUUGGCUGGUAACUCGAAUGGGUCAAUAAAUACUUAAUUACGCACGAUGUUGUGGUUCAACAUCGGAUGUUUUUGGUUAUAGAAACAGAUUCUUAUUCGACAACUCGUAAGUCUAUGUCGGUCGGUAGAGUUUUGAGAAUUGAUUUGUUGGGAAUUUCAACGCCAUGAGCAUAUUAAGUGAGUGU